AUGUUUUUUGCGGCACAGAACUUUAAUCGCAAUGUAACUGUUCCAUGGUGGGAGACACAAAUUCUUAAUGCAGAUAAUCAUGCCGUAGAAGAAACCCUGCGCAUGCUGGGUGACGCAUCAUUUAUUGUCUUGAAUGCAGAAAUGUACAAGCUCCUCAACGUGACAGGCUACGCAGACACUAAGACUGUCGAGAAACUUUUCAUAUUUCCCCCAGGCCCGCCAUUUGCCGACCGCAUGGUUCAUGAUGGCACCGUCUACUCGCCAGAAUGCAAUUGCAUCUACUUUGCCGAGCUGCACCCUCCCAAACCAGGUUUCUCUACUGAUGCAGUACCCUGGGUAUGGCGAGUGAACCUCAAUGGCUCCGCCCCUGUUACCGAGAAAGUCUACCCGAAACCGCAAUUGACUGUUCCAAAUGGAGCAUACUAUCAUGAUGGGAGCGUUUAUUGGGCACAGGAAGGAAAUUACACUCACCCGGGCGGGAUUGUCCGUAUGAAUCCAUUGACGCUCGAAACAGAGGUGGUGCUUAACAACUUCCUUGGCCACCGUUUCAAUUCGCCUAACGACGUUGUCAUCACACGUGGAAGAGUCGCAUUCUUCACUGAUGGGUACUAUGGAUUUGAUAACUUCAACGAUACCCUCAAGCCAGAGCUUGCCAAUGGCAUUUGGCGGUGGGACAUGAGCAGUGGCGAUGUGCGAAUGGUUGCUGGUGAGGGUACCGGGAUAUGGCUCAACCCCAAUGGCGUUGCGCUUAAUAAAGCAGAAGAUAAACUGUACGCGACUGCCCGAGGCAAAACCUCAGAUGACGCUGCUGGCCAGAGGACAAUUUAUGUGUUCGAUAUCGCGACCCCUAAUGCCCUAGGGCCGAGGCUGCGAGACGGGAUGCCAUUAGCGUAUGUGGACACCGGAUUUCCAGACGGUAUCAAGCUCGAUGCCGAGGGGAGAAUAUAUGGCGGUGUCACGGGUGGUGUAGAUGUUUACAGCCCACAAGGCGAGCUCCUGGGUAAGAUCAAAAUUGACAAGGGCGAUGUGGCCGUAAACAUGCAGUGGGUUGGCGAUCGGUUGUACAUUGCUGCUCGAGAUGCGCUUUAUCGCGUUCAACUUGGCUGCACGAGUGUCCAGCACUAUCCGUGA